AUGCGAUACAACUCAUUACCACUCUAUUCAAAACAACCCGUCAACGUUAACUCAUCAUCAAUCUCUUCUGAUUCUUCUUAUAUACAAUACAAAUUAGUUGAUCAUCGUUAUAGAAAAACAUCAUUAGUUAGUUUUAUUCAUAAACAACCUAUUGGUACACAAUUACCAAUUUUUCGAUAUUAUCGAAUUGUUGUAUUAAAUCGACAAGAUUCAUCAACUAUAUUUGGAUUUCGAAGUGUUGGAGCCUAUAGUCGUGUACAAGUGCAAAAUUAUCAGUCGGGUCUAUGGUUGUGUAUGAAUCCAGAAGGACGUAUCAUACAAAAAUCAAAUAUUAGUCUUGAUAGUUUGAUGUGUAUGUUUCGUCAGAAUAGCGAUGGUCUCUAUCAAUAUUUAAUAUCGGAAUUAUAUCCACAACGAAAAAUGUCAUUUUCAACGUUAACUUUACUAAAUAAUAAUCCGAUACUAAAACGUCGUUAUGAAAAUUAUCAACAAUUUUUCAAACAUGAACGAUGUGAUCGAUUUUUAUUUGAUCAACAAAUUGAUUCAAAUUUACUUCGACAUCAACAAAAAUCUUUGACAGAUAAUAAAUUUAAUUCUUAUCGAUAUUUAAUGAAACGACAUGCAACUUCUACUUAG